UAGUUGAAUCAUCCAAGAUGGCGGCUCCAUUGCUUACUCGCGUGUCUUGUUCAUCUAUGAUAAAAACGCUAACUUCUGGUUUAAACCUCACUACUGUUCGCUUAGGAACGCAUAGAAAGCUUCCAACUAAAAAGGUUGUAAACCCUUUUGUUCAGAGGAGAACAGAUCUAAUCAAAAGAAUCGUUGUGGCUCUUGUUCAACAUGAACGAAUCCAAACAACUCUUCAAAAGGCACAUCAAGUACAGAAAUAUGGGGAUCUUCUUAUAACACUAUCACAAAGAAGAUCCCCACCACCAGACCUGGACAUGAUUGAAAAUGGAUUUAUUCUGAAUGAAAAAGAAGCAUUCGAGAAAAUGAUCACCAGGCGAAUUGUUAACAGACGAAGUAAAAAAGUUCUUUUACAGYCCAAACAGCUCACAGAGGAAGAAUUUAUUGUUAGAUGUCGCCAAGAAGCUUCAAAUAUGCUUAUGGGGAAUCAAGAAGCUCUUGAUAAAUUAUAUGGACCUUUAAAGGACAGAUAUAAGGACAGAUAUGGUGGAUUUGUAAAAAUAACUGCAAUACCAUGUCCACCUAAAGCAUUGUACCCCAAAAUGGCAUAUGUAGAACUAGUGGAUAAUGAACUUGAACCACUUCCAAGUUUUCCUGUCAUUAGGCAAGGAAAGAUAGUAGUGUAUGGAGAAGAUAGCAAUAAUGAAGUGGAAAAUGCUGUGGCUCUAAAAAGUUAGAUUGACUGACUUGUUUUUCCCUGAGAAAUAAUUCAGUCAACCUUUUUACAGUAUUGAACAUGCCAUUUUAUGAAAGCAAUGUGCAAAAUUGGAAAAAUCAAGUGAUAUCUAGAUAUUUUUAAGUGGUUAUUGCCUUUGACUACCACCCUYACAAUUGUCAAUGAUAUUCCUCCUACAAAAACAAAUACAAACACUAACAUUUCUGUCCUUSUUUUCUGGGCUGAAUUAUCAUUUAUUUUGCAACAAUAAAACACUGUCAUAAAUAUAAUAUAGACUUAUGUGAAUUAUCAUUAUUAUUGAAUUCCUACAUUUUGCCUCCUCAUUGGGUACAUUUUCUUGCUUACAAUACAAGUAAUCAAGUCAUUAAAGGACUGAAAUAGUUUUGUAUUGCCUAAUUUAUUAUUUGAUAAUAUUAUUAGACUCUACAUGAUCAUAACCUUUGCUAUUUUGGAUAAAUAGACAUUUAUACAAUCAAUCCAUUAGCAUUGUUCAAUUGACAACAACAAUGUCAUUUGCAUAAAAUGUUUUUUUUUCAAUCCCAGUUUGACUCAAAACUCCAACUCAUGCUUGCAAGUUAAAUGUCAUUUAGUACAUUGUCAUAAAGUUUGGGUAAUUGAGGUUGAAUAAUCUUGCCAAAAAUACAAAUAUGAUAUUUGCAAAUGACUUUGUUGUUGCCUUUACAUCAUUACAACUGAAAAACCUUGAUGGAAAUGACUGUAUUAGGCCCAUCAAAAMAAAUAUYAUAUUGAUCAUCCCAUUUUACAGUUYCAAGUGUUAUCUUCAAAAUUAGUUUUGCAUCUAACCAACAUAGAAGUGAUAGAUCCUUUUUUUCACACCUAUAGGACAAUUCUUGACAGUUAUCUAUUUGCAAGCUGUACCCACUAUCUAGCUUUGAUGCAAAGGCUCAGCUAACUUUGUACUUCAGCUACCUGGGAGCAUAGUAAUAUAGUAUUCAAUGUAAAUUAUGUUUGUUUUGUCUAUAAAUUACCAGGCAAGCAAUUCAACAGGUCUAAGCAGUUGAUGCUUUUAAAUAAUCUAAUUGAAGAAAAUCAGGUCAAAAACCCUUGUUUGUAAAAACAUGCCAUUUUGUUAACGUUGU